AUGAUGGAAAAUACCCCGCUAUUGGGACGGGAACAAGAAUAUAACGAUGUACUUCGGUUCAUCGAGGAACGUCUGCUGAUUCAGCACUGCAAGUCGCUAUUUGUCUUUGGUGCUUGCGGGUCUGGUAAGACGUCAACGAUAAUUCGGGCCAUGCGCCGGGUUACGCAUAGAGUGAUGACUUAUGAUAAAGCGGCUGGUCGCUCCAGCACCGGUAGCAAUAGCAGCAACGGUGGUGGGGGCCUCAGCGAUUCGCCUCCGCCAGCAGCGGGACGAAAGCAACAGAAGCAAAUGGAGCGGCAGCGACCAACAAAGCGCCAACGGGGGUCCGAGACCGAAGGGAAUGCUGCGGGUGCUGCGGCAGUGAGCGCUGAUAACGUUAAAGACGGCCAUUUCCGCAGCAUUGGGAAUGCAGCAACCCCAGGCGAUCCAACUGUACUGUUCCCACACUUGUUUGGGAAGGGUCGGCGAGUGCAGUGUCACUACGUCAACUGUGCGGAUAUGACAGCGCAACAGCUUUGUGAUUCCAUUAGUGAAACAUUUUGCAGUUCACAGGUUCGCUUGGAUGCGCAGACUCGCACCCUCGUAAAUGCGGUCGGGGGUAUUCCGAAGCGAGUUUCGGCAAUGAGGCGCCGCAGCCGCGAACUACUUAAGCACUACGACCAACAACCAAUAGAAGAGGGACUCCCAACUGCGGGGUUGACAAAGACUACGGUGAAGACACCACUGCAUGUUCUUGUACUCGAUGAGGUGGAAUACGUUCGCGCCGCCGCACGCGGAGCGCUUGCAUCCCUAGCCGAACUAUCGGCUGAGUACGCCUCACAACUCGCCCUCGUAUUCAUAUCGAACCAGCGGGAGUUCGUGCACGUCCCCCACAUGUUACUAAAGGAGUUGCCUUUUGAGGCUUACAGCGCCGAGAUGUUAGAAAGUAUUGGUAAUCACAUCGUCGCCGCUGCCCAUUUCACACGGAAGGAGAAGGAACAGGUGCAGCUUAGUCCGGGACUCAUUAGAUACAUCGCUCGUAAGGCCCUUGUUGAGUUUUCGGGUGAUGUGCGGCAAGUGGCCGUCAUGUGCCGACGAUUGAUUCACACGGCCGUAGAGGAACAGAAGAAAAGUGUCCCUCCUAAGGGGCGUGUGUCCACCGAGGGCGGUGAGACGCCGCGGGGCAGCCGUGAACUGGCGGGGGCAACUGCUCCUGGUGGAAACUCUCCCGGGGUCCCAGCGGCGCUCAUCACAUUGGCUCAGAGCCAAAAAAUACUCCGUGGACCCGACUCUGUUGGCGACCGUGUCUUCGAAUAUGUGUCGGCAAUGCCGGAGCAAAUGCUCUACGUCCUUAGUUGUCUCGUUGUACUUAUGCUGCGGCAACAACGAGACAGUCAAAUCGCAAAGGUGAGCAUCGGUAGCACCUCCGCUGUUGGGCGGCGGCAAAACAAAACGGCCAUUGGGUCUUCGUUCGGCUCAUACUCCGCGGCAGAGCCGGGUCCAGUAGUUCCCGGCACCUUCACGACGCGGGUUGUGCACCGCCUGUAUACAGCACUAAUGGGCCAACAAAGAUUCCCGUCAAUGAAUGCGGCAGGGAUUUCGUCGGCCAUCGAUGGUUUUGCGGACAUUGGCAUCAUCUCCCGCCCACAACGCCGUGGGAAUGAAGAAGUUUUCUCCUUUAAUGGAACCUGGACACUAGAGUCCAUGCAAGCCGCUCUCACAGCGCGCGGGGAGGCACUACGACAGGAACGAGUGGAUUGUGGACUGGAUUCUGCAGAGAAUCGUUUUGAAGAAGUGCUGCGGGAACUCAAGGGCAUUUUAUCCCUGUGA